AUGUCCGACUUUGUUGAACUUGGCUUAGAAGGCUUUGACAAAACCACCGAUAAAUACUUUGAUAAAGGAUACGACAAAUUACACAACUAUCGACAUCGACACCGGAGCGGUCGCGAAGACAAUAGCAGCCAAAGCAACAUGAACGACGCACGCGGACGUGAUGGUGGCUAUGACAGUGGCUCGGAGGAUAGUUACGACCAGAGACGAAGACGAAGAUCAUACGCACGAGAUGAUCGCGAUGACAGGAGACCACGACGAUUCGAUAAUCGAGACAUUGAGCCCCAACGUCGACUCUCUCCUCCAGGACAAAGCUACCAUCCUCGCGUUGCAGAUCCGCCUCCGUACAUACCAUAUCAACAAGGAGCUCAGUACUACGAAAGCUCACCACGCCCGUCAUUUCGCGAGGACUACCCGCCAACAUCCUCGAACAGGGCUGUGGUAAACAACGAAAUGGCCAGAUACUCCAGACCCAAGGAUCGCUCACCAUCGCGCUCCCGCUCACAACGGCGACGACAACGCCGCCGCUCCCGGUCUUCGUCCUCGCGCUCUCGUUCCUCAAGUCGUGACUUCCACGAUAGUCCCUUGAUGGCGUUUGACAGUAGACCUUUGGGCUUGGGAGCAGGUAUUGCAGGCGCGCUCAUCGGUGGCUACAUUGGCCGCGAGACCAGCGAUCGUCACCAGAAGCGCGGUACGGCGCUGGGGGCCAUCCUUGGUGGCAUCGGAGCCAACAUCUUGGAGAACAGGGUUAGAAUCUACAGAGAAGAUAGGCAGGAGGAACAGAGGGAUGCAAAGGAGAAAUGGGAGGCUAAGCAGAGGGAAGGCAAAAAGGAGAGGCGGAGCCGAAGGAUGGAGUCGCCGCAGAGAUGGUAG